AUGCAGCCGAGUCAUCAUCAGCAGGCCGCGGGGUCGUCGUCGGGCCGGGCCUACCGGGGAGUGAGGAGGAGGAGCAGCGGGAAAUGGGUCUCCGAGAUUCGCGAGCCCAAGAAGCCCAACAGGAUAUGGCUCGGCACUUUCCCUACCCCCGAGAUGGCCGCCGUGGCCUACGACGUGGCCGCACUCGCCCUAAAGGGAAAGGACGCGGAGGUCAACUUCCCCAACUCCUCGGCCUCGCUGCCCGUCCCCGCCUCCACUUCCCCUAGGGACAUUCAGGCGGCGGCAGCUUCUGCUGCCGCCGCGAUAGGUGCCGCUAGGGAUGCCAUGCGCAUUCCUAGUAGUGGUGGAAGCAAUGAUCAAGCAGCGUCAAUGCAAGGUAAUUGUAAUACUGAUCAUCAGAGUGAGAUGGUGUCGACGAACUACGGGUCGUUUGUGGACGAGGAUUUGAUAUUCGACAUGCCGAAUGUUCUGAGGAAUAUGGCGGAAGGGAUGAUGCUCAGCCCUCCUCGCCUUGGUGGCGGGGAUGAUGAUUAUGAUUAUGCUCCCGGCGGUGAUGAUGAUACUUCCGGAGAUCACAAUCUCUGGAGGUUUAAUUGA